CUCCUCGCCACUCGCCGCUGGUGGCCGCAGGCGCCCUGCGCUGCCACGGUCUCCGGGCGGAGCUGCACCCGGAGCUGCGACUGUAUUGAGAACGUGUGAAUGUCCGCGUGGACCAGGGCCGCGCGGGUCCCGCGCCUCCUACGGCUGCCUCCCGCGUGCUGCUGUGUAUGUUCGCUUCUUGUCACUGUGCGCCGAGAGGCAGAAGGACUAUGAAGAUGAUUCACUUUCGGAGCUCCAGUAUCAAAUCGCUCAACCAGGAGAUGAAAUGCACCAUUCGACUGCUGGACGACUCGGAGGUCUCCUGCCAUAUCCAGAGGGAAACGAAAGGGCAGUUUCUCAUUGAAUACAUCUGCAACUACUAUAGCCUGCUGGAAAAGGACUACUUUGGAAUUCGCUAUGUGGACCCAGAGAAGCAAAGGCACUGGCUUGAGCCUAACAAGUCCAUCUUCAAGCAAAUGAAAUCUCAUCCACCAUACACCAUGUGCUUUAGAGUGAAAUUCUACCCACAUGAACCCUUGAAGAUUAAAGAAGAGCUCACAAGGUACCUAUUAUAUUUGCAAAUUAAAAGAGACAUUUUUCAUGGUCGACUGCUGUGUUCCUUUUCUGAUGCUGCCUAUCUGGGUGCUUGUAUCGUUCAAGCUGAGUUUGGUGAUUACUAUCCUGAUGAGCAUCCUGAGAAUUAUAUCAGUGAGUUUGAGAUUUUUCCCAAGCAGUCACAGAAAUUGGAAAGAAAAAUCAUGGAAAUUCAUAACAACGAACUAAGAGGUCAGAGCCCAGCAAUUGCUGAAUUCAACUUACUCUUAAAAGCUCAUACAUUGGAAACUUAUGGAGUGGAUCCUCACCCAUGCAAGGAUUCAAGAGGUGCUACAGCAUUUUUAGGAUUCACUGCUGCAGGUUUCGUCGUAUUCCAGGGAAAUAAAAGAAUCCAUUUGAGAAAAUGGUCAGAUGUCUGCAAAUUGAAGUUUGAAGGGAAGACAUUUUACGUGAUUGGUUCCCAGAAAGAGAAAAAUGCUGUUUUGGCAUUCCAUACAUCAACACCAGCUGCCUGCAAACAUUUAUGGAAAUGUGGGGUAGAAAACCAAGCCUUUUAUAAGUAUGCAAAGUCCAGUCAGAUCAAGACUGUGUCAAGCAGCAAGAUAUUUUUUAAAGGAAGUAGAUUUCGAUACAGUGGUAAAGUUGCUAAAGAGGUGGUAGAGGCAAGCUCCAAAAUCCAGAGGGAUCCUCCUGAAGUGCAUAGAGUCAACAUUACUCAGAGUCGCAGCUUUCACUCCUUGAACAAACAGCUCAUCAUCAACAUGGAACCUUUGCAGCCCCUGCUUCCUUCCCCCACUGAACAGGAAGAAGAAGUUCCUGUGGGUGAGGGUGUCCCACUGCCUAAAAUGGAUGUGUCUGAGCCCCUAAUUGCCAGCUCACCAGUGAAGGGAGCACAGUGUGCAGAUCCUCCAGAUGAAGAGGAAGAUAGAGUAAAAGAAGACCCCUUGACCAUCUCUGAACUAGCGUACAAUCCCAGCGCCAGCCUGCUUCCUACCCCAGUGGAUGAUGAUGAAAUCAACAUGCUCUUUGACUGUCCAUCCAGGCUUGAGUUAGAAAGAGAAGACACGGAUUCAUUUGAGGAACUUGAAGCAGAUGAAAAUGCUUUUUUGAUUGCUGAAGAGGAGGAGCUGAAGGAAGCUCGCCAAGCUUUGUCAUGGAGCUAUUCAAUCCUGACCGGCCAUAUCUGGGUCAACCCCCUGGUCAAGAGUUUCUCCAGGCUCCUUGUGGUGGGCCUGGGACUGCUGCUGUUUGUAUUUCCCCUGCUCCUCCUCCUUUUGGAGUCAGGUAUUGAUCUCUCCUUCUUAUGCGAAAUCCGUCAGACACCAGAGUUUGAGCAGUUUCACUAUGAAUACUAUUGUCCUCUGAAGGAGUGGGUGGCUGGGAAGGUCAACAUCGUCCUCUACAUGCUGGGUUGUUCAUAAAAUGAAUAUCUGAUAAGACGAAGGGCUAUCUUCAAUACUAGUAGUAGCAUUUUCAGUAGAUGCUAGGUUUUGAUUGGCCUUCAGUUGUCAAGAGGUAGUCUUAACUCUUGACUCUUAACUCUCUUAACUGACUGCUCAAACCUUGAAAUAAGUUUUCUGUACUUCAUUGAAUUUAGUCGAUUUAAAUCAAAUACAAUACAUUGAGUUAUUCUUCAAAAAUGCAGUCAGGAAGAAAAAAAAUCUCCAUAUCAUACCAUAAUAAUUUAAUACAUUGGAAUUAGGUAUUCUUGUUUCUUUUUUGUGAACUAUAAUCAAAUUAGAAUUUUAGUAAAAAUACAAAGUGAAUCUUUUUAAUAUAACCUUUGGUGAAAAUAAUGACCUCUUACUGAUGCCUAUACAAAUAAGUUGAUGCUGAGUUUUUCUUUCAGUUUUUUUAAAAAAAAAUAUUUUUACGCGUUCUAACUAUUUUGGUAAAUUUUUAGCAAAACAGAAGCUUUCUGGAAUUAUUUGAGUAUACCUACUGUAAAACCAAUGCACAUGGAAUU